AUGCAUACACCUCCACAGCCUCAUCAAAACAUACAGAUAAUAAAAGACAGGCUGAUUUUUUCUGUUUUAAGAAUCCAGCCCUCUAAUACGUCUACAUUAUUCAACUUUAGCGUUGAUAACGAUGAUAGAUUUCAAUAUUUGCCUUUCUUCUCUGAUUUUGGACCACCAGAGCUAUCUCAUAUCCAUAAUUUUUAUCUACUUGUAAAUCAGAUAUUAUCGGAACAUAAAGAGCAAAUUCAAUAUGUAUGUGGAUUUACUCCACAAAAGAUUGCUAACGCUGUAAUGUUUAUAUCAAGCUACAAUAUGAUCAAAAACGGACUAACUCCUUCGGAGGCUUUUGCACCUGUGUCGCAUUUGGCAGCCUCGCUUAAACCUUAUAGAGACGCUUCAUCAUUUCCAUCGACAUACGACUUAACAGUCAUGCAUUGUCUAAAGGGUCUUUACAGAGCUAUGCAAUUUGGCUGGUAUAGACCUGAAACAUUUAAUUCCUCGGAAACUAUAUACUACGAGCAAGUUGAGAACGGAGAUAUGAACUGGCUUAUACCAGGAAAGCUUCUCGCUUUCGCAUCUCCUUAUGCAACUAAUAAAAUUCAAGGCGGAUAUACAGUUUCAACUCCAAAAGAGUUAAUACCGAUAUUUAGAGAGCGCGGAAUUACAAGAAUUGUUAGACUAUGUCAGAGGUUUUACGAUGAAAAACUUUUCGUCAACGCCGGCUUCAAACAUACAGAAUUAUAUUUUCUUGAUGGGUCAGUUCCUCCAAAUGAUAUUUUGAACAAGUUUCUUGAUAUAAUAGAAAGUCAUGAUGUAAUUGCUCUCCAUUGCAAAGCUGGUUUAGGAAGAACAGGAACAUUAGCAGCUUGUUACAUGAUUAAAGAUUACGGAUUCGAUGGUGAUGAAGCUAUCGGCUGGAUAAGAAUUUGCAGGCCAGGAUCCAUCAUUGGACCACAACAAAGUUAUGUUUUGAAAUUUUACGAACUUAUCUCAAAGCCAUCAGUUCCACAAUCUCCUGUAGUAUCAAAGAACCAAGUACAUACUCCAACAAAGAUUUUACGCAAGGCUACAGAAAAACCGCCGCCAAUUUCAACAAAAACUACAGAUUCGAGUUAUACAACGCCAACUACAGACAGAUAUGGAUCGAAGAAGACAAAACAAUCGUCAACACCGCAAAGAGAAAAGCAUUCUGAAGCUUCUGCUCCAAGAACACCAAAUUCUGUUACAACAAUGCAAGCAGAACUGGCCAAGCAUGUAACAGCUGUAUCCCUCACUCCAAAGCAUCCUCAACCAAGAAAGUAUAAUAGGCCAAAAUAA